GUCAUCAACAACACAGUGGCUCAGACAGCCAACAAGAGCACAACAGCUUAUCAUAAAAUUGAAUGCAAAGUUAAAAGACAGAAUUUUGGAAAUAAUCUCAAAAAGUGAGUUAACGCAACCCGAAGUGCAUACAUAAAAUCUGAGUUUAACCGAAACUGGUCCAGAAUAUUUUGUAAAAAGUGCGUCGGUGGAAACGAAUUGUGCGGAUUUUCUACCAUAAAACCAAAGACUGGAAAACAACUCGAAAUUACAGAUCGGAAAGAAAAUGCCUCCGAGAAUAGGAUGGACCAGUGUCCUGGUGACCCUAGCGUUGGCAGCGUCCUGCACGUGUGACGCUCCAAAAUCCAUCUUUCCCUCGUCCUCCUCCCCAACAUCGAGCAGUCACAAGAUUGACAUCACAACCUCAAAUCGCGACCCUUACGUGGCCGAGGCUUCUCAAUUCUUUCCAUCUUCCUCUCCCAAAAAUAAAGGUCUCAAGUUUCCCGGCUCCUCUGCCCCCUCGACGAAUGAGAGAAUGUCCUCAGCUCCGCAAGAAUCAGAUCUGGUCAUUCCCCUCAUGGACUCAUCCUCCUCCUCCGCCGCCGAUGUGAGUGACGAAGCUGCGGCGAACGAGGCCAUCGACAUUAUCCUCCGCUCAGCCCGUUCCGGAAAGAGCAUGGACCUCUCUUCUGCCACCAAUGGCGGAAAUGGCAAUGGCGCCGAUUUGGCCAAAGUUGCUUCCGAUCCCGUCAUCCAGCAACAGCUCGCGUCCGGAAAUGAGGUCGAGGCUCGUGGCUACAUUCGCAACAAACUUUGUGGGUUGGGACUUAUGCCGUGCGGACCACCACAUGGACAUCAUGGAGGUCACCAUGGUCUUCGUCCCGUAGGCCAUCAUGGAGGUCACGGGGGAGGAUGGGGACCAGGAAUCCCAGCCAAGGACGUCACCUUGGUCCAACCUGUCGCGCUGAAACCGGUGGGGUACCCAAUUGCGGCCGUGCCUUUGGAAAAGGGUCAUCAUCACGGAGGUCAUCAUGGUGGAGGUGGUGGUUAUCUGCCAGGACCUCCUCCCCCUCCUUUUAAUGGAGGUGGUGGGUAUGGUGGUGGAGGACACCACGCGUCCUAUGCGAAACAGUACGGUCCACCCAUUGCGAAACCAGUGUACCAUCCACCAGGACCGGGACCAAUCCCACUCAGACCGUCGCCACAGUAUGUUCCAAAACCGACUUAUGGAGGUGGACUGGGAGGAGGAAUUGGGGGUGGAAAGCCGCUCGUGGAACAUGUUCAUCAUCACAUUCACCACACGCCGUCCAGCUCGGGAGGAAUUGGAAUAGGAAAUUCGGGUGGAGGCUACGGAAACUCAGUGUAUGGACAGAUUGGGAUCGGUGACGAGUAUGGUCUUGGAGCCAAGAAUCCAAUUUCCAUCGCCGCUCCACCACAAACAAUCCCAGCGCUCGGAACUCCAAACCACAACGGCAACAACAACAACGGUGGGGACAUUUACUCCUUCAACUCCAACAGGGUCGAGGACUGCACGUGCGUCCGCAUCUCGGAAUGCGCCCAGUUUGACAUUGUGUCCUCUGGGACAAAUGGAAACCAAGUAAUUUCCGGCCUGGGUUCCCCCAAUUAUGGUCAAGUCGGGUUUGGAAUCGAUCCCCGGAACAAAAUCACAGCCUCCCUCGUCGAAUCCAACGCCACCACGCUCGAACUCCUCGGAGGUCAAGAGCAACCCGACAGCCAGGAGAGUGAAGAGGUCAGCGGGCAAGAAAGCCAGGAGAAUCAGGCACGUCACUUGAGCACUGACAUCGAAGCUCUGUCCAGUCAAGAAGAAGAUGACGACAAUUCCACAACAACUACUACCACGACGACGACGACGACCACCGUGGCGCCAAGUCGGCGACGAAGGCGAGAGGUCACAAAAGUCCAAACGUAUGGUCAACAAGGCAACAACAACAACUUCCCACAGAGCGCAUCCCAACAACAAGAGGAGAAUCAUGAUGAGGAAACGGCUGCAAGUGAAGGAGAUGGUACCUCAGAACCCAUAGCUAACCAAAUUCCACCACACGUAAUGCCCGCUUCAGGUGAGGGUCGCCUCCUCGGCUCCCUGCUCCGUGACUCUGAUAUGCUCAAAAAUCUCACGAAAUUCGCCGGCUACGACUUUGGGGAUGACCCGACCCAGUUGGUUAAAAUUGAUGGGCAACAACUUCGGAUUUUCGGGAAACUUUUUGGCAUGGAGCCCACGGUUGGGGUGAGUUUCGGUCUGCCUGGUGGGAAUCAUGGGGCUGUGGGGGGUUAUGCGCCUCAUCUGAAUCCCCACUUGGGGGUCAACCCGUACCAAGAUGGGAUCCCACUCGGUCCCAUCUCCAUCAACCCGCUGGUCUCCUUCCAAAAGGGGAAGGACAAGCACAAGACCAAAAUAUUCCGCCCCCUCGUCAAUCUCCACAUCACGCCGAACCUGGGCGUCCUCAAGGGUAUCAAGCGACUUCUAGGAAAAGGGGACAAGUUCGGUUGGGGUGCGCCGGAAUACCACUACGGUCACGGUCACGGGUACGGUCACGGUUGGGGGCACAACAGCGUGGAAUACGUGCCCGUCCCAAUCCCACAUCCGGUCGAGAUUCCAGUCCCCGUGCAAAUUCUGGGGCAUCAUCAAGUUAAGCAUCAUCACGAUCACUAUCACGCGACGGGAGGGUUGUCCACUUCCGUGGGAGGGUGGAGCGAAGGUAGUGGAGCGACCGUGAUUAGUAAUCCGCCUUAUGGUUAUUCCUCACCUUAUCCGUCGAGUGGGUAUAGCACUGGGUCUUCCUCGUCUUCACUGGUGGGGACGCCGUAUUAUAGUUACGGCACACCGACGCCGACUUCCGGUUUUAGUAGUUUGGGAGGUUACGGAGGGUACACAAAGUUUGACAAGAUAGGGGCAGCCAAUAAUGGUCUUAAGACGACUAACUCUGGGAGUAGCAGUGGGGGAAUCUUUAGUGGGAUUCGAGACGGGAUUUCUUCCCUGAUUGACACAGUUUCUGGGGUUGCUGGUGGUGGUGGAGGGUCAACUUCCGGGGUAUCUUCUCCCAUUAGAAAUCAAGCUUCUGGUCUAACCUCGAAUGAAGAGAGUCUGCUUAACACGUUGCUGAAAGAGGAGGGAAUUUCCGAUUCUUCUGGUGAUAUUGAUGCCUUAACCAACUCCCGUUUCCGGUCCAUCAUGCAGGACCGCAUUCCUGGGGACAGUUAUUCCACUAACUCCAACUACAAUUCGAACUGGGGGACUAACUCUGUCCGUGGGAGUAGAAAGUUGAACACUAAUAAUCAGAAUACUAACCUUCCUGGUCCUGCUCAUACACGGCUGCCCCCAAACAUACACACGCACUCUGCCUCAUCCUCAUUGAUCACGUUCCCUGACGAAACACGAGACCAAAAUUCAGGGCACAAUGUAAUGUCUUUUAAUAAUAAUAACGAGCCAACAAGCAGGGUGACAUUUCCCGAUGAAGGAAAAACUACGAGACGACGACGACGACGAGACACACUGACCGACGACGAGAACAACGUCACCACCACCGACUUGGAGUCCGACGCCACAACCGAAACCAAUUCUACCACCACCGACGUUCAACCUCGAAAUUAUGGUGCACAGAGACAACUCAACAUUGGAGGUUCCUGUCCAGGAGGAUACGUCUGCUGCCGAGCCCCACGUCAGAAUCAGAACCAAUUUUCGUCCAAUAACCAAUUUCAAUCUUCUCAGUCCCAGCAGUCCAACAGCUUUAAUCAAAGUCCGUACCCAAACCAGAACUCGAUCCAACACGUUCCUGGCCAAGGACCAUUCUCCGUCGGAAAUGGAAAUCCCUUCACUGCCGGAGUUGGACAAUGUGGAAAGAGGAAUGCUCGCGGGAUCACGGGUCGUGUCACUAAUCCAGGUCAUGUCGAUGGCGACACCGACUACGGCGAGUACCCCUGGCAGGUGGCUAUUCUCAAGAAGGACGGCUACGACAACGUCUACGUUUGUGGAGGAGCCUUGAUUGACUCGAGACACAUUCUCACGGCAGCACAUUGCAUCAAGGGUCAUUCUCCGAAGGACAUCAGGGUUCGACUGGGAGAGUGGGAUGUGAACCAUGAGACCGAAUUCUACCCCCAUGUCGAACGGGACGUCGCUGGGAUCACCCUCCAUCCCGAAUUCUACGCUGGAAAUCUCUUUAACGACCUCGCCAUCGUCACACUCGAAGGAUUCGUCGACUUUAGACAAAACCCGCACAUUUCUCCCGUCUGCACACCACCUUCGUCUAUGGACGUUUCCUCCCACCGCUGCUUCGUCACUGGAUGGGGGAAGGAUGCAUUCGGAGAGCGAGGCAAGUACCAGAACGUUCUCAAGGAAGUCGACCUCCCCGUCGUGAACAACUUUGAAUGCGAACAGCGACUGAAGAGGACUCGUCUGGGGGCCGCCUUUGUCUUACAUCCCGGCUUUCUCUGCGCCGGUGGAGAAGAGGGCAAAGACGCCUGCAAAGGGGACGGAGGUGGACCACUCGUCUGCGAAGUGGGAGGAGUCUGGCAGGUCGCUGGGAUCGUGUCCUGGGGCGUAGGCUGCGGUCAAGCCGGUGUUCCCGGUGUCUACGUCAACGUCGCCAAGUACCACGACUGGAUUCAAAGCGUCGUUGCUAGAUCCUAGUUAGAGAGAGAAAGAACGACAAAUUGUUAAUUAAUUAUUGUAAUUAGUUAAUUAAUUAAUUAGUUAGGUAUACGGAUAGGAUAUGGACGCACAUAAUAAUUAAGACACAGGCCAGAAGAUCUCGACACUAUUUAAUUCAUGGAAAAUUUUAAGGGUAAAAUAUUUUUGUAUGUGAGAUUCACACCCGUCAAAACAAAUGAAAUGUAUAUCCUUCUAUUGUAACAUAGAUAAGAUGGUUGCUUAAUUAUUACAGAAUAAAGACGAAAAGUUGUUAAACGUUAA